GCACCCCGCGUCCGCUUAAAUAGCGGCGGGGGAGGCCGCGGUCGGUCUCAGUCUUCGCUGCUGGUCCGUGCAGUUUUUCGUCUGUUCUUUCUGCUCGCUGCUGCCUCCCGGCCUCUCCGAUCGCCAUGGAAGAAGACAUCGCCGCGCUGGUCAUUGACAAUGGCUCUGGCAUGUGCAAAGCUGGCUUUGCUGGCGACGACGCCCCCCGCGCCGUCUUCCCCUCAAUCGUCGGCCGCCCCCGACACCAGGGCGUCAUGGUGGGCAUGGGACAGAAGGACAGCUACGUGGGAGACGAGGCCCAGAGCAAGAGAGGCAUCCUGACCCUCAAAUACCCGAUUGAGCACGGUAUUGUCACCAACUGGGACGACAUGGAGAAGAUCUGGCACCACACUUUCUAUAACGAGCUGCGUGUGGCCCCCGAGGAGCACCCUGUGUUGCUGACGGAGGCGCCCCUGAAUCCCAAGGCCAACAGGGAGAAGAUGACCCAGAUCAUGUUUGAGACCUUCAACACGCCAGCCAUGUAUGUUGCCAUCCAGGCUGUGCUGUCUCUGUAUGCCUCUGGCCGUACCACCGGUAUUGUCAUGGACUCUGGCGACGGUGUCACCCACACUGUCCCCAUCUACGAGGGCUACGCCCUGCCCCACGCCAUCUUGCGUCUGGACCUGGCAGGCCGUGACCUGACCGACUACCUCAUGAAGAUCCUGACAGAGCGGGGCUACAGCUUCACCACCACGGCUGAGCGUGAGAUCGUGCGUGACAUCAAGGAGAAGCUGUGUUACGUGGCCCUCGAUUUUGAGCAGGAGAUGGCGACUGCUGCAUCCUCCUCUUCUCUGGAGAAGAGCUACGAGCUGCCGGACGGCCAGGUGAUCACCAUUGGCAACGAGCGCUUCCGGUGUCCCGAGGCCCUCUUCCAGCCCUCCUUCCUAGGUAUGGAGUCUUGCGGCAUCCACGAGACCACCUUCAACUCCAUCAUGAAGUGCGACGUGGACAUCCGAAAGGACCUGUAUGCCAACACGGUGCUGUCCGGCGGGACCACCAUGUAUCCAGGCAUCGCCGACAGGAUGCAGAAGGAGAUCACAGCGCUGGCGCCCAGCACGAUGAAGAUCAAGAUCAUUGCUCCCCCCGAACGCAAGUACUCUGUCUGGAUCGGUGGCUCCAUCCUGGCCUCGCUGUCCACCUUCCAGCAGAUGUGGAUCAGUAAGCAGGAGUACGACGAGUCGGGCCCUUCCAUUGUUCACCGCAAAUGCUUCUAGACAGACUGCCAGCAGGUGCCACCCCUGCCGCAUGAGCCUGUCCCGAGUGCAGGUUGCGCACCUCCAAGCCUCAUGCUAGCCUCGUGAAACUGGAAGAAGCCUUUGAAAGAAAUUGUCCUUGAAGCCUGUAUCUCAACAUCAGCACUGGUUCAUAGAACUUGUUGCUGAUCUUGACUUUGUGUUCAAGUUAACUGUUCCCUUGGUUUGUGUUUAAUACCCUGUACAUAUCUUUGAUUUAAACCCCCAGUACGUGUGACCUGGUCACUCCGUCGCCGAGGUGUGAGGGAUGACAUGGUGUGGCCAAGUCCGUCUGCUUCACCGACCUCACGGUCUGUGCAGGGUAUUAAUGCAAAGAGCUGAUGGUUACAGAAUUUCCCAGAGGCUGGCAAGAGUCCUGAAGCAGUUGUCAUUUCUGUCUUGCCAGCCUGACAGGGUUGGAAAAAAUCUGAGCCUUAGGACCCAGUUUCCUUUCUUAGCUGAUGUAUUCCCGCUGGAACACUGUGGGUUGUUACUUGCCUUGAGUUGGAUUUAAGUCUGUUACUUGCCUUGAGUUGGAUUUAAGUCUGUUACUUGCCUUGAGUUGCAUUUAAAUCUGUAAAUUUAUUCAUCCUUCUAAUUUAUGUAAGGUUUUUGUACACAUUUCUCAACUCUGAGAUAACAAAUUUUGGUUUUUCUACUGUCAUGUGCGAACAUUAGGCCCCAGCAACGCGGCGGUGUGUUAAGGAGAAAUAAAGUGCUGCAGUGAACGGC